CUAUGUAAAGCAUUAUCUGAUUUUAGUGAAAUUUCUUAUCUUACUGGUAAAAAGGGAUCAGUCGAAACAAGUCCAAAGGAAUUAAUCAAUUUAUCUUAUAAGAAGAUCAAAAACCAGAAAAUUGUAGAAGUUGGUGGUACAACAGCAAUUGUAGCUCAUUUCCCAUCAAAUGGUAAUUUGACAGUUGCAAAUUUAGGUGAUUCAUGGUGUGGCGUAUUUAGAGAUGACAAAUUAGUAUUUGAAACUAAGUUUCAAACAGUUGGGUUCAAUGCACCAUAUCAAUUGGCGAUUAUACCGGAUAAAAUGUUAAGAGAAGCUAAAAGGAAAGGGAGCUCAUAUAUUCAAAACGAACCAUCGGAUGCUGACGAAUACAAUUUUCAAUUAAAAAAAAGUGAUAUUAUUGUUCUAGCAACAGAUGGUGUUACUGACAACGUUGCCACAGAUGACAUAGCAUUAUUCUUCAAAGAGCAUCCUACGAAUACCCAAGAACAAUUACAAGAAGCAUCGAAUCUUUUAGUUAAAAACGUCGUCAAAUUAAGUAAGGACCCACAAUUUCCAAGUGUUUUCGCUCAAGAGUUGUCAAGAUUAUCAGGAAAAUUCUACUCAGGUGGAAAAGAAGAUGAUAUCACCAUGGUUGUUGUAAAAGUAGAAUAA